UUCAUCUCCAUUUCUCUUCACCUGUCUCCUAUUACAAAUAAUUCGUCAAAACUGCUAAAGUGACAAGACUACUUAAAUAAUUGUGAAUAUUUGUGAUUUAUGAUGCGCGAGAUCGACUUUGUAAUAUACGUAGAAUUCGAUUUCAAAAUGCCCAUCGAUCUUUACCAACUUACCGGAAGUUCGCCAUGUCGGGCUGUGCGCUUGGCAGCGGCGGCCAUAGGAGUGGAUUUAAACCUAAAGAACGUGAACCUCAAGACCGGAGAACACCUGAAACCAGAAUUUAUUAAGAUGAAUCCACAACAUAUGGUGCCUACAUUGGAUGACAAUGGCCUACAUUUAUGGGAAAGCCGCGCUAUUAUGACUUACCUGGCUAAUCAGUAUAAUAAGAACGAUUCUCUUUACCCAAAAGAUCCAAAGAAACGAGCAUUGGUUGAUCAGAGACUAUAUUUUGACUUGGGAACUCUGAAUCAAUCUUUUACCAAUUAUUUUCAUCAACUGGCAGUUACCGGCGUCACUCCGGAGCAAGCAAAAUACGAUAAAAUGAACGAUGCCUUAUCUUUCUUGGAUAAAUUCCUAGAAGGGGAAAAUUAUGUGGCAGGAAAAACUCUAACUCUCGCCGAUCUUGCCUUAGUCGUCACCAUUUCUAAUUAUCAGGUUGUGAAUCAUGAUUUGAGUAAAUACAGCAACAUUUUGAGAUGGUUUGCCAAGAUCCAAGCCGAAGCUCCUAAAUACAAUGAAGUCGAAGGCGUAGGUAUAAAAGCAUUCAGAGAACUUGUCGAAAAUGCCAGAAAAAAGAAGUAUCCACCUUCCCGAGCUGUUAUACUCGUGGUAGAGGCAAUAGGGCUCGAAAUGGAAUUGGUAGUAUUGAACACGAUGGCUGGUGAACAUUUGACACCGGAAUACGAGGAGUUAAAUCCACAAAAGACAGUUCCUUUUCUAAUCGACGAUGAUCUUAAAAUAUCAGAAAGCCGAGCUAUUAUGGCUUAUUUGGUCGAUCAGUAUGGCCAGGAUGAUACAUUAUAUCCACGCAAUAUAGAGGCACGGGCUUUAGUUAAUCAACGAUUAUAUUUCGAUCUUGGCAAUCUUUUUGCGACAAUAUUUGAGUGUUAUAUGAGAGUCUUCAGAAAGGAAAUCGAUACGUGUGAUCCAGCACAAUAUGAAAAACUAAUAGAGAAUUUUCAAAUCAUGAACAAUUAUCUUGAAGGACAAGCUUACGUGGCUGGAGAUAAUUUAACGAUCGCCGAUCUUGCCUUAGUUGCGUCAGUAACAACAGCGAUGAUUUUCGGAUUUGAUUUGGAAGAAUACAAUAACAUUUCUGACUGGUUGGAGAGAAUACAAACAUCUGCGCCUGGAUACGAGAAAGUUAAUGGUGAACCUGUUGAGAUGUUCAAGCAAAUGUCAGUCUACUAUAAUCUCGCUACACGCUUCUGGAGAAUACAAUCUGCUGAUUUCAAGAUGCCUAUUGAUCUUUACCAACUUACUGGAAGUCCGCCAUGUCGGGCCGUGCUCUUGACGGCGGCGGCCUUAGAAGUGGAUUUAAAUCUGAAAAAGGUGGAUCUCACUACCGGCGAGCACCUAAAACCUGAAUUUAUUAAGAUGAACCCACAACAUACAAUACCUACAUUGGAUGACGGUGGCUUUUAUUUAUAUGAAAGUCGUGCAAUUAUGACAUACCUAGCCAAUCAAUAUGGCAAGAAAGAUUCUCUCUAUCCAAAAGAUCCAAAAAAACGAGCUUUGGUUGAUCAGAGAUUAUUCUUCGACAUGGGAACGCUGUUUAAAUCAUUCUCCGAUUAUUAUUAUUCGAUAAUGUUCGCCGGCGCCACUCCACAGAAAGCAACAUACGAUAAAAUGAACGAUGCCUUAUCUUUCUUGGAUAAAUUCCUAGAAGGAGAAAAUUAUGUAGCGGGAAAAACUCUAACUCUCGCUGAUCUUACCUUGGUCGUCACUGUUUCUAAUUUUAAGCUUAUGGACUAUGACUUGAGUAAAUACAGCAACAUUCUGAGAUGGUAUUCCAAGAUCCAAGCCGAAGCUCCUAAAUACAAUGAAAUCGAAAGUGUCGGUAUGAAGGCAUUCGCAGAUUUCGUUGAACCCUUUAAAAAAAAAUUGUAAAAUCGUAGCAUUUAUUUAACAGUUGUAUAAUGCAUCACAAUGCUUUAACAUUUUU